AAUUUCUCCUCUGUUCCCUCCGCCGCCUUCCGCGGCCUCUCCAGUCUCCAGAUUCUCAGCCUCACCCAGAAUCUCAACCUCCAGCCCUGGACCAUUCCGGCCGACUUGACUCAGGCCUCUAGUUUGGUCAGUUUGUACGCCGCGAGUGCCAACAUUGUUGGGUCGUUGCCGGAUUUCUUCGAUUCGUUCCCCAGUUUGCAGGAGCUUCGUCUUUCUUACAACAAUUUGACUGGGGUUUUGCCCAAAUCGCUCGCCGGAUCUGUGAUUCGAAGCCUUUGGUUGAACAAUCAGGUAAAUGGGUUUUCCGGUGGGAUUGAUUUGUUGGGUUCUAUGACCCAGUUGACUCAGGUUUGGCUCCAGAAGAAUCAGUUUACUGGCCAGAUUCCGGAUCUUUCCAAAUGUGAGGCUCUUUUUGAUCUUCAGCUUCGUGACAAUCAGUUCACUGGGAUUGUUCCUCCUUCGCUUAUGCAGCUCUCAAGUCUGCUCAAUGUUUCUCUGGACAACAAUAAGCUUCAGGGGCCGUUGCCGGUGUUUGAUUCCAGAGUUUCUGCUUCGUUUAGUAGCGUUAAUAGGUUCUGCAGGACGACGCCCGGGGCGUGCGAUCCUCAGGUUUCUGUGCUGCUUGCGGUUGCCGGGGGUUUCGGCUACCCGAUUUCACUGGCGGAUGCUUGGGAAGGGGAUGAUGCUUGCAACAAUUGGAGCUUUGUUGUUUGUACUGAGGGGAAGGUUACUAAUGUUAACUUUGGGAAGCAGCAUUUGGUGGGGAUGAUCUCCCCUGCGUUUGCUAAUUUGACGAGUUUGAAGAAUUUGUAUUUGAACGAUAAUAACUUGACUGGGGAGAUACCCGAGAGCUUGACGACGUUGUCGCAGCUUCAAACCCUCGAUGUUUCUAACAACAAUCUCAGUGGAGAGAUACCGAAGUUUGCUGCAUCAGUUAAGUUGAACACGAAGGGUAAUCCGUUGCUUGGGACGAGCUUGAGCCCAGGAAAUGGAGGAGGUGAUGGUGGAGCUGGGAGUGGCAAGUCUGAUUCCAAUGGCACCAUCCCAGAUGGGACUCCUUCAAGAUCUUCCAAGGGAUCUUCUGUUUCAGCUGGUUUGAUUGUUGGUGUUGUUGUUGCAGUUGUUGUUUUUGUUGCUGUCUUACUGUUUGUUGUCUUCAAAUGUUAUGUAAGCAAUCGGCAUAAGAAGUUUGGGAAAGUAAACAAUCCCGAAAGCGGUAAGGAGAUUGCGAAGAGCGAUGCAGGGAGUGGCUUGAACGGGUACGCUGGAGUUCCAAGUGAACUGCAGAGCCAGAGCAGUGAGGAUCUUAACAGCGAAUUCCACGUCUUCGAGGGUGGAAAUGUGGCAAUAUCCAUACAAGUUUUGAGGCAGGUCACAAACAAUUUCAGCGAGGAUAAUGUGUUGGGCAGGGGAGGAUUUGGAAUUGUUUACAAAGGAGAGCUACAUGAUGGUACUAAAAUUGCUGUGAAGAGGAUGGAAUCGGGGGCGGUGGGCACGAAAGGAAUGAAUGAGUUUCAAGCCGAAAUCGCUGUUCUAACCAAAGUUAGGCAUCGACAUUUGGUCGCGCUUUUGGGUUCUUGCAUCAAUGGCAAUGAGAGGCUAUUGGUGUAUGAGUAUAUGCCUCAAGGGACAUUGACACAACAUUUAUUUGACUGGCAAGAGUAUGGCUAUCCUCCUCUUACUUGGAAACAGAGAAUUACAAUUGCAUUGGAUGUGGCAAGAGGAGUAGAAUAUCUACACAGCUUAGCUCAACAAAGUUUCAUUCACCGAGAUUUGAAGCCUUCGAAUAUACUUCUCGGCGACGACAUGAGAGCUAAGGUCGCUGAUUUUGGUUUGGUUAGAAAUGCGCCCGAUGGGAAAUAUUCUGUUGAGACUCGAUUGGCGGGAACGUUUGGCUAUCUUGCGCCCGAAUACGCAGCAACUGGAAGAGUCACGACAAAAGUCGAUGUCUAUGCAUUUGGAGUAGUUUUGAUGGAAAUCAUUACGGGUCGAAAAGCUCUGGACGACACCAUGCCAGAUGAGCAAUCUCAUUUGGUCACAUGGUUCCGAAGGGUCUUGACCAACAAAGAAAACAUCCCAAAGGCGAUUGAUCAAGCUCUCAACCCCGACGAGGAGACCAUGGAGAGCAUAUACAAGGUGGCCGAGUUGGCAGGUCAUUGCACAGCUCGAGAGCCUCACCAGAGACCAGACAUGGGCCACGCUGUGAAUAUCCUCGGCCCUCUCGUGGAGCAAUGGAAACCUUCGAGCCAACACGAGGAAGAAACGUACGGGAUCGAUUUGCACAUGAGCCUACCUCAGGCUCUUCAAAGAUGGCAAGCCAGUGAAGGAACAUCGACAAUGUUCAAUGACAUAUCUUACUCGCAAACCAAUACGAGCAUCCCUUCGAAACCCUCCGGAUUUGCAGACACUUUUGACUCCAUGGAUUGCAGAUGAUAGAAAGAAAAAGGAAACCAAAAAAAUCUUCAAAAGGCAAGAAAAAAAGGUUACUAAAGAGCUGUUUGAUUUAGUUGUGGGUCACUUUUUUUUCCUUCUUUUGAUGCAUAAUUGAUUUAUCUAUUUGUUUGCUUCA